UUCUAUCUCCCCAUGGCGUUGGCAGUACCACCCUCUGUGUUUGCUGUUCACAUCCAAUUCAACCUGGUCUACCAGUUCUGGAUCCACACUGAGGUGAUCAGAGAUAUGGGACCUCUGGAGUGGGUCCUAAACACCCCCAGUCACCACAGAGUUCACCACAGUACCUUUGCUCCAGAUGGCGAUAAAGUUGUCUACGGUCUCGUACACAAAAUAAACACAUUUGAAGUCCUCCAUAUUCAGAUGCUAUCCCAGCUGACUGUUCUGAUGAUGACUGGCUACAUUCUACUCAGUCUGACCUCCAUUGGCUUCAUCAUUGACCAAAACUGCAGGUCAACGGCAUCCAUGUUGGAGUUGCUGCGCUGUGUUCUGACGGUGAUGCUGCUGCGAUACGGCUACAUGACGGCACCAGCACCACUGGUUGUGCCCAUUGAGGCCUUUGUCUCCAUCUCCCUGCUGUACUGGGGCCUGCAGACAUUCAGCCAAUUGAUUGCAGUCAAGCAGAAGACAACAUGAGAUUGUCAGGUCCCAUUGGCUUACUGUACCUGGCUUCACCAAAUGUUCGAAGGACUUUAGCCAUGACUUUAGGUAGCCACACUUUACCAUGUAUUAACCAACUUACAAGCUUCUAUGAAUCAAAGAGGAUUUAUAAUGAGCAUAUCUUGCCUCAUAACAAUAUUUGUUAGUGUUUUUAAUCGGACAAGCAUAUUAUGUAUGAACGGCCAUAGGCCACUAUACCUACGGCCAUUCAUAGUGUUUCUAUGCUUUAUCUUAUGGGAAGGCAGCUUUUCUGAUUUUGUUCAAAUUAUACUGUUAUAUGCUGCUAUUGAUUGACUGAUUGAUUACAAUACAAUACAAUACAUUCCAGUUUAGUGAGCCAUUGAGAAUAUUAUGAAUGACUUUUAAAACUUUACCUACACCUUUACCUGUACAACAAAUACCUCCUAAAACUGCAGGAUAACUUUUCCUAGGAUCUCUUUUUUCAUGAAAUAUAAUACUUCUUAACUCUAUAUUUUUCAGUUCCAUUUUUGACUAAACAGUUUUCUG